AUGGAGAACAAGGACUUGAACCUGAUCAAGAGUGCAAUUGCAGGCACUUGUGCUGGUGUAUCUGCCACUCUAGUAGGCCAUCCUCUCGAUGUCAUCAAAACUAGAACUCCUGUAACAACAUCACGCAGUCUUAUCAUCGCUCAGUCUUACCAGCCCUUCUGGCUGCAAACCUCAAACGCCUACAAGUCAGCAAUGGACUGUGCUCGAAUCACAGCGCGAAAUGAAGGAAUACGAGGCUUCUACCGUGGCGUCACACUGCCCUUAUUAGGCUUGACACCAAUGUACGCCAUACGGUUCUGGGGCUUUGACCUAGCCCAGAAAAUUAUGUUUUCUAUAAACCCGGAUCGUCCCAAAAAGCUAUCGCUUCCUGAAGUUGUUGGAUGUGGAGCUUUUGCUGCACUUGCACCGACUUUUAUAACAGUCCCUCAGGAAAGAAUUAAGAUUGCACUGCAAACGCAGGACCAGGUCGGUGGGCUGAAGUCUGUGAAGCGAUAUACGUCAAUGUUUGAUGCCAUAUCACAUAUUGUGAAGACUGAAGGUGUGAUACGUGGAUUAUAUAAAGGAACCAUACCGUGUCUAUGUCGUGAUAUUCCAGGCGCAAUGGGCUACUUUGGCACAAACGAGUUCGUACUAAGAGCACUAAACGCUCCAGGUCAUCCACCAUCUGUGUCAUCAAUAUUAAUUGCAGGCGGUUGUGCAGGUCUUGCAUUCUGGAGCAUUGGUAUACCUGCGGAUGUAGUGAAAUCACGCAUCCAAGCUGCUCCAGACGGCACAUAUAAAGGAACUAUUGACGCUUAUAGAAAGGUACUUGCUGAAAAUGGAGUGAGGUCGUUGUAUAAAGGGUUGAAGCCAGCACUCCUUAGAGCGUUUCCUGCCAACGGAGCGGCUUUUGGCGGUAGAGCAGGAGCGCUAGCACUCCUCAACUAUGUAUGGCAAACGAAUAGAUAG